UUUUUUGUUGAUUGUCGUUUGUUUGUUGUAUAUUUGUGAUGUGUAUAGCACUUUUAUGUGUUACUUUACUUAAUUUUAUAAUUUUAACGAAUUUUUGAAUAUAUUUGCCAUAUAAAUAAAUUUGUAAAUACAACUACGGAAUGUAUAACGAAUUCGCAUUUAAAAAAAUAAAGUGUUAAUGAUUAUGUUUUAGUACGAUAAGUAAAAUUAUUAUAUUUAAAUUAUUAUAAGAAUGGCUCAAGUAGCUCUCUGUAGACUAUGUCUGGCAGACGAUGUACGUUUGCACAACCUGGCUGGUACGGCACUUCAAGAAUUUUAUGAAAAAAUAACCAAUGUAUCGCUUGUGACGGGUGCGAAGCCAGUAACAGCCUGCUACAUCUGCUACGCACAACUGAAGAAAUAUCAACAGUUUCUUGAGAAGUCUGUAAAAGCUAAUGAACUAUUAACGCAAAUACUGAGCUGCGGUGUUGAGCUAACACAGAAAUCAGUAAGCGUGAUUGACAGACAAACUCACAGAUUAACACACGCGUUGCAAAUUUCAUCAGUACAAUGUAUAGCAAUAGUGGAAAAUGAAUCAAAUCCAAUUAGAAUAAAAGAAGAACCCGCAAUGUAUGACAGUGAAGUAAAAGGUGAAAACGCCAAGGAUACUGCCGUAAAGAACACAUCACAUGUAACAGAUUCAGAAGAUGAUCUCCCCCUGAAGGAUAUUAGUAGCAGAAGGAGAGAUGGGAACAAAUGGAAGAGAUCCAAGAAACAACCACUCGUCUCGCCUAUUAAAUAUGAAAUGGCAGAAGUAAAUGGAGACCAAGGAAAAAGUGAGACGAGAAAUGGUGAUAAAGAAGAAGCAGAAGGCAACCAUACAUUAGGAUCCGACAACAUACAUUCGGAUUCCGAAGAUGAUUUGCCUCUACAUAAUAUCGGUAAUGACAAAGAGAGAAAGGAGACUCCAACAACUAGUAAAAAGGGAGUAGAAGAGAAAAAAAGACUUAAAAAAGAAUACAAAAUGGAGGCGCGAGAAAUAAUACUGACGAAGGAGCAACAGCUGGAAGAGUUAAUGGAACGGUCGAAGUCGUUAAACUAUUUGAACUCGCCGUACAAAUGUAACUUGUGUUAUAAAGGAUUCGUGGAUCUGAGAGCUUACGUCAACCACAGGGAAAAACAUGAUGAGCGCAGCGGUGCGUACGAGUGCGCCGUGUGCCGGCUGCGCUACGGCAGCCGCCGCCAGCUGCGCGCGCACGCCGCCGCCGCGCACGCGCGCCGCUACGCCUGCGCACGCUGCCCGCACCGCGCUCACACCGCAAAUCAGGCAAGAGAACACGAGAAGUGGCACAACGGGUACACGUAUGAAUGCCAGCUAUGCAGUCAGAAAUUCAGGAAGCCGACGUCGUACCUGACGCACACGCGCAAGCGGCACGCGAGCGAGCACGUGUGCGCGGCGUGCGGCGUGGGCUGCGUGGGCGCGCGCGGCCUGCGCAUGCACCGCAGCAAGGCGCACCGCCGCGCCGCCGCGCACCUAGCCAUAGAAAAUCCCGAAGAACCCGAGACUGAUAGAUUUUGUGCGGAAUGCAACAUACAAUUUGCCAGCAUAGAGGCGUGGAAGCGUCACAUACUCAGCUCGGUCAAGCACAAACUGGCCAGUGAAAACAGCUCGGAGUGCGGCAUCUGCGGGGCGGCGGUGGCGGGCGAGGCGCGGGCGCAGCACCGGCGGCUGCACGAGCGGGCCCUGAGGAACACCGCGCCCGUCCCCGCCACCACACACGCGCACACAAGGCUCGCCUGCGACCAGUGCGGUGCCAACUUCGUGAACCGAUCGAAACUGCAGGCACAUAUCAAGAGGAUCCACCUGGGGCUGAAGUACAACAAAAACAUUGUAUGCGAAAUUUGUGGCAAAAAGUGUACCUCAAACGCCUCGCUGCGCUACCAUCAGCGGACACACACGGGCGAGAAGCCGUACUCUUGUUCCACAUGCUCGAAGCGGUUCUCUGAUAACAAUCAACUGAGGAUACACACGAGGACGCACACUGGUGAACGGCCGUACUGCUGCGCCGUGUGCGGCAAGAGGUUCAGCCAGAAGCCAGCCCUCAACAGACACUACAGGGUACACACUGGAGCGAAGCCAUACGCAUGUCAGUUCUGUUCGAAAACCUUCAGCCAGUCGAACUCCCUAAAACUCCAUGUCAGGACGGUGCAUUUGAAAUUGCCGUCUACUAACAAGCGGAAUAAGGUUCAAAGUCAAGAGGACAAAGAGAAGAAAUCCAUAGACAAUUCUGUACAAACUGUACAAACUUUAUAAUUGCAUAAACAAACAGUAAUGUAAAAAAUAAAAUGUGUUUACUUCAGUAUUAA